AUGACUUCAACUGAUUUAUUAAGGGAUAAUCCACAUUAUUUCCAUUUUCAGGGACAGGAGUUCAAGCUGCAGGCCCAUGCAGAGCUGAGGUUUGAGGUGGAGGCCAAGGCUAGCGUGGAGCUAGAAAUGACAGAGGGUCGUGGGGAGAUGUUCGGCACUGAGUUGGCAAAGAAUAAGAAAUAUAUAUUUGUGUCCGGGUCAAAGGUUGCAAUAUACACCUGGCAUGGGUGUACCAUAGUGCUCAAAGGUAAGGCUGAAGUAGCCUACAUCUCCAAGGAGACACCCAUGGUGGUUUAUGUCAACACACACGCUGCCUUAGAACAGAUGAGACAGAAGGCGGAAGCUGAGAACACAAGGGGACCUCGGAUACUUGUUGUGGGCCCUACAGAUGUGGGGAAGUCUACUCUUUGUCGGAUCUUGGUCAACUAUGCAGUUCGACUGGGUCGGUCACCCGUGCUGGCAGACAUUGAUGUUGGGCAGGGAAACAUGGGACUGCCCGGGACCAUAGGUGCCCUUGUAGUGGAGAGGACAGCAGACGUAGAAGAAGGAUUCCAGCAGACUGCACCCCUGGUGUUUCAUUACGGCCACAAAAGUCCCAACGAUAACUUCCAGCUCUACAACAUGCUAGUGUCCCGCCUGGCGGAGAUCAUCAAUGUACGCUGUGAACAGAGCAAGAAAGUGAACUGCAGUGGGGUGAUCAUCAACACGGCUGGCUGGAUCCGAGGAGCUGGCUACGAGGCAUUGAAACAAGCAGCGGGGGCCUUCGAGGUGGAUGUAAUUUGCGUCUUGGAUCAGGAGCGACUUUACAACCAGCUCAAGGGUGAUCUGCCAGAUUUUGUGAAGAUUGUGUUGCUACCCAAGUCUGGAGGGGUUGUGGAAAGAUCCCAAGCCACCAGGGCAGAAUCCAGAGACAACAGAAUCCGAGAAUAUUUCUAUGGGUUGAAGAACAACUUCUUCCCACACAGCUUUGAUGUCAGGUUUAAUGAUGUGAAAAUCUUCAAAGUCGGAGCUCCAUCACUGCCAGAAUCCUGCCUGCCAUUGGGGAUGAAAUCCCAGGACAGUCAGACCAAACUGGUGCCACUGGUCCCUAGUAACAGCCUGCUUCACCAUGUCCUCAGUAUUAGUGCAGCCACAACAGUAGACCAGGAUAUUGUUGAGACAAAUGUGUUGGGAUUUCUGGUUGUAACCAGUGUUGACAUGGACAAGAGUGUGUUCACAGUUCUGUCCCCUGCUCCACGACCUUUGCCCCGCAAUAUUUUACUGGUGAUGGACAUUCAAUUCAUGGACAUUAAAUAA